ACAUACCUCUUCAUCAUACGGGUCAUCAUAACGUGCGAUAUGAUCGUUAAGUAGCUACUCACAACACUACCCAUAACCUGUCAGUCAGCACCAUAGCCCAGCUACACUAGAAUAAUCAAUUACUGUAAAAAAAAAUCAAAUACAAGAAUCAUCACUUAAAGCAACCACUACCUUAAAAUCGCAGUUAAGCAGAAGCGAAAACGCAACGACACAAAAAUGUCCCACAGAAUGUCGCCGAAAACCCGCGUGGUGUUCAAGUUCAUUUUCGGGCUGGGAAUCUGGUCCUUCCUGGUGCUGGGAUUCUUCAAGCUGAAUGGCGAUCCGGUGACGCAGCACCAGUUCCAGCAGACUCCCAUCAACGGCCGGUUGCUGCUCAACAAGGACAACCGAUGGACUGGCAACGAGGCGACAUCCACAACGACCGAUCGGUACGCUUCCCCGGUGGGCGCCGGAGUGGACGAGGUCCUGGUGGAUAACCGAGCUGUUAUCGACGACGAGCAGCUGGUACGGGACGUCGAAUCCCGCAUCCCAUCGCUUCCGAUUGCCUACUGGAGCAAGCACAAGAAUGCCGUGCAGAAGAAGGCCGCCUGUGCCAAAUACCCGUCGAUCUUCGAGCUGGAGUUCAACAACAUCUACUGGCAGACGCUGCGCAGCUCGAAUGGAACGUUCCAGCUUUUUGGAGCGUACUACGACAUCCGAAAGCGUAGCCGCAUCGGACCGGCCGUUCGAAUCCUGGGCAUGAUCGAUCGGAUCGAACCCAAAGUCAAGACCUUCUGUCAGCUGUGGUUCGAUGGUCAGAAGGAACCGUUCAUCGUGAAAACGUUCGAGUACAAGUACAUAUGGUUUAACAAGUGGGGCAACUACAAGCAAGGCAUCUACCAGCCUUACCUGAUAGCUUGCCAAAUUCCGAAGCCGUUCCGAGGACUGGUGCCGGCGUCCGUAUCGCUCGUGGAGAAGCAGUGCGAUACGGCAACGAACAAUCUGAGGGUGUUGUACAAUCGUCCUCUGGACGAUAAGAAGAAGGGAUUCGCGGUAUGCGUGAAGGGUCUGGACUUCCUGUACGAUGACCUUUCAGUACGGUUAGUGGAGUGGAUCGAACUCCUGGGAAUCCUAGGUGCAGAUAAGAUCUUCUUCUACGAGCUGCAGGUUCACCCCAACAUUUCUAAAGUGCUUCGGUACUACGAAGAGCAGGAUCGAGUUCACGUGACUCCACUGACCCUGCCUGGAGGUCAACCAAACGUCCCCGGCUUCCAGCAUUUGUUCCUAUCGAAGAAAACCACCCACAAGAGACAGAAUGAGCUGAUCCCCUACAACGACUGCCUGUACAAGAAUAUGUACAAGUACGAGUUCAUUGCCCUGCUGGACAUUGACGAGGUGAUCAUGCCGAAGCUAGACGAACAUCGCACUUGGCACGACCUCAUGGAGCGGGUCGUCGAGAAGGGCAUGAAGCUCAAAAACGACACCUACCCGAGCUACAACGUUCGGAAUGUGUACUUCUUCGAUCAGGAUCAGCACGAGCACGACUGGAACAAGGACGUCCCGAAGUACAUGCACAUGCUGCAGCACGUCCAGCGGGCAAAGAACUACACCAAGCCGAACCAGUACGUCAAGUGUUUCCACAACCCGGAACGGGUACUAACCUUGCACAACCACUUCCCGAUCGCAUGUCUGGGAGGAGCGUGCCAUUCCUUCCCGAUCAGCACGGACGACGCCCAGCUGCAGCACUACCGGGCCGAUUGCGUCCGGACGCUCAAGAAGAGCUGCGAAGAGUUCAAGGAGAACCAACAGCGCGACACCACGAUCUGGAAGUACAAGGACGAACUGGUUCAGCGGACGCGCCGCACCCUGGACACCCUCGGAUUCUUCCGGCCGUCGUCGGCGGUCGGUGGCAUGGGCCGCGGGAGGGACUCCCUCUACAAGCGGUGAUUGUUGCAGAAGCUUCGGCACAUGUUUAAUCUCUAGUUACGUUUGUUCAUUUAUUCGAUUGACCAACGACGACGACCGCCGCCCGAUGGCACCGUGAACAAUGCAACCAUUUCAGCUAGUACUCCAGGGGCGGUAGAGCACCAGUGCUGCGAUCUUCGUCGCCGUCGAUGAUGGUGAUGAUGAUGAUCAUGAUGGGAGGUAGAGAGUGAAAGAGGCGGAACCUUCUUCGAUCGGAGCCGACUUUUUGCUGCUUCGGUUGAAGCGGGCCAGCAAACGGGAGAACGGUUGGACCCAAGCCGAAUAAAUGAACGAUCGAUUUUCAAUUUAGGACUAGAAAAAUGUUAUCGAUUUAGCGAUUUAGUGAGUAUUUUGUUUUCUUCGCCCAAAAUUUCCGGAACUAAUACUAGGCAGUCAAAAGAGUAAUUUAUGUACGUGGUAAGAAGCGCAACCGGAUGUGGAUUUCCUCGUGGAUUGAGCUUCUGUGCAGUCCAUUGUAAGCGUUAGGAACAGUGGAAGAAAGUAUAUAUAUAUAUAAUAGGUUACGUAACUUUCAAGGUGAUUAAUUAGAGGAUCAGAAACGAUGUAAGAAAGUAGUCGUGUAAGAUAAACUUUAUUUAUCAAUCAAUUAUUAUGAUUAUAGACAAUGUGUGCCUUUUGUUAGCUCCUAAUACUAUUGCUGGGUUCUGCCUUCGGAAGGCAAACCCAUUCUGUUGAUUUUAGCCAUGAUCGCUCAUUGAAGAUGUUGGUAUCUUGAAAAACCUCUUCUAAAUACGUUCAAAAUUAUACAAAUUCACUGGGAAUAGACGGUUUAGUUGGGAUAUGAAUCUUCUGUCGCCUGAGUAAUUUGUUAUGGUUGCGUUUUUGGUAAUUUACAAAACGAAAUAUCAUCUGCUACAUCUGGAAUUUUCUCCGGCCAAGAGCUCAAUGGAUUCUUUUAAACAACUUCCACAGUCCACUGGAUUCAAAGAUUCCUUUGGAGCUGCCCUGAAGAUCUCUUGGAUUAACUGAAGAAGGCAUCUGGACUAAGACUACAUACUAAGGCUUAAGGUUUCAAUGAUAUUACAGAAAUGAUCUACGAAAUUUAUCCUAUUUUUCUUUGGGGUCCAGUUUUCGGCAAUGCGAUCAGUAAUAGAGUCCGUGACCUCCAGAAUUAGAAGGAAACAGUCAAUUGGCAUAGCUUACUUUAUAUUAACGAAAUUAUCGGAUGAUACCCUAUUUCGGAGCUUGUUGACGAGCAUCUCUGGACUUGCUCCCGGAGUAUUUUGAACCUGGAGAUUUUUAGACUAGCUGAAGGCCCAUGCUCUUACUGUGCAGACUCUCUGAGAAUGUCUUGGAGGAUCUCUGGAUUUUCCUUUAGAACUACUCCCACACUCGGAACUGGGCUGGAGCAUUUAAAUUGCUCUUUGGAAGAUCUCUCAAUUGACCAGAAAGCCCAUUUGGUCUUGAACUAGUUUCCCAUUCCUGAAAGAUCUUUGAAUGUGCUCCAGAAUUCUUUGGAAUUGACCUGACUUUUUUUAUUGUAAUCAUCAACACAUUUAACGAAAUCCGUGACUUGUCUGGGGAUGAGAUUUGAACUCGUGACCUACAGCGUGAAAGGCUUGGAUGCUAACCACUACGCAGGGCCUGUCCCUUCGACCAGCCUAGUCUUACCUUGGAAAUCCUUUGGAUUUGUCUAAGAAGAGUCUUGCUCAGAAGUCCCUCUACAUGUUUCCUCAGUAGCCAUUGGAAUUUGUCUUGAACUGGGUACCCUCAUAAACCCUUUUUUGGAAGAUCAUUCCAUUUGCUCCAGAAUUCUUUGGAAUUGGCCAGAAUAUUUUUUCAUUGUAGUCCAUUACACAUUUUAGGUCAUUCAUAACUAGCCUGGGGAUGGAACUUGAACUCGUGACCUACAACGUGAGAGGCAUGGAUGUUAACACUACGCUGGGCCUGCCUCCUUUAACCAGACUAGUCUUACCCUGGAGAUCCUUUGGAUUUGUCCAAGAACAGUCUGGCUCAGAAGUUCACCGAGUCCAGGAGGUCUUUUGGUACCUUGGAGACCAACUGUGCUGAAUUCAAUGUUUGGAGAUCCUCUCAAUUUUCCCAAGAAAUUGUCGGAAUUCGGUUUGAAAGUUCAUCGAGUUCUGGAGGUCUUCUGGUACCCUGAAGACCAACUGAAUACACUAUUUCUAGAUAGAGCAGGAAUUAGGUCGUAACAGCUUUUGUAAACAAUGACGUCUAUCGAUGAUUUCUAGGAAUUCAAGGCACGUCCACGCAGACCAACCUAACCAUCGGAUAGGGGAAGUCUUUCCCCACCCGAUGAGGAUAAUGAUUUGCGUGGGCGAGCCUUAAAUUUCUAGAAAUCAUCAAGAAAAGUAAUUGUUUACAAAAGCUGUAAGGCCCUAAUUCCUGCUCUACCUAGAUUUAGCUUAUUAUUGCUCCAAUAAUCCAGAAUUAAAUUUUCGGAGAUCAUCCAAAUUUUCCCAAAAGGAUAACAGAAUUUUGUUUGAUAGUUUCCCAAGUCUUGGAGGUCUUCUGGUACCCUCACGACCUUCUGAAUAUACUAUUUUGCUUAUUAUUGGCACAAGUUCAAUUCCAGAAUUCAAUUUUUGAAGAUCCUCUAAAUUUUUCCAAAAGGAUCGGAAUUCGGUUUGAAAGUUUAUCAAAUCCUGGAGGUCUUAUGGUACCCUGGAGACCAUCUGAUAAUGCCUUGAUGCUCUCUGGAUAUGAACUGGAGACUUAUUAGACAUACCCUUGACAGUUGGUGGUCCUGAAAGAUCAGUGAAUAUUGAACUUUUUCUGUAGACUCCAAGAUAUCCUUUAAGGGGAAGUUUGCCACUCCAAAAAAGAUAAUUACGUUUUGAUUUUUCUAUAAAUAUUGGGAGCAGAUAUAAAAAUCAAAAUAAGGUUCGUUUUAUAGAUUUUCGUUUAAAUAAAAUUCAAGUGCAAGAAAAUUUUUUGUAAGUCAUUAUGACAUAAAGUUAGACUCAAAAAAACCACAAAAAUUCUACUCUCGACUUUGUAGGGGGUCUUAUUUUAUUUCACGAUGAGAAAAAAAAACAUUUCCACCUGGAAAUUUUCUCAGGAAUCCAAGGAAAAAAAUAUUAUAGAUUUUUGUUAACAUUUCCAAUAAUUUUAAACUUCCUCUUAACUCUCCCGGGAGGUUUGGAGAUCUUUUGAAAUGAGCUCCGGUCUCUGGACCUCUCAUGUCACACGUGAAAUUGUCGGUAGAUUCAUCACUGCCCUGAUGGGUCUCUGAACUUGUUCCGAGCCAUGAGUUCUUAGGAGUAUAGGAAUCACUCGAAAUACCCUCUGAAAAUAAACUGGAAUUGUACAUGUCCGGGAGGUCCUCUGGAUUUGUCCAAGACUCUUCCUGGAACCCUUUGAAAAUGCUGACUCUCUGAACCACUCUUGGAUUGUUUCCUGCGAUCCUCUGGAAUCUUCGAGAAGACUCUCAAAACUUUCCCUAGACAUUCUUCCGGGCAAGAUGUCUCAGCGUUUGUCAUGAAGGAUCUCCGAACUCGUUCUGGAUACAUUCUGGAUUUGAACACUCUGAACUUUUGCAGGAGAAUAUUCGUGCUUGAUCUGGGGUCCUUUGGACUUGACCAGUCCAAACCUUGGAGGUUCUCUGAUUGCUUUCCCAUGGAGUCCCUUACAAUUUAUUUGAUCUUGCCCUGCGAUCGUCUGGAAUCGUCCAGAAGACUCUCAGAACUUUCCCUAGACCUUCUUCCGGGCAAGAUUUCUCUGUGUUUGUCAUCUCUGAAGUAGUCCUGUAUACAACCCUGGUUCAAGCUGAACUUUUACUGGAGAACAUCCGUACUUGAUGCGGGGUUCUUUGGACUAGUCCGGACCUAGAAGGCUCUCCGAGCUUUACAAUUGGUUUGAGCUUUCCCUGGGUCGUAUGGAAUUGACCUUUAGGUCUUCCGAAGUUUACAUAGUUUGCAAUGAAAUCCUGAAAAACAUUCACAGGCAUAACUUUAAAACCUUGUCAAAGAGGUCUUCCAAAUUUUCAAAGGACAUAUGUUUAAUAGCUUCUGAAUUCACCUUGAAGGAUCUUGGAGUCUUUUGGACUUGACCUGCAACAGUGAUCACUUUUGGACUAUUUAUGAUGCUCUAAGGAACUUGCACGUAUGGUCGUCUAUGAUUUUCCCAGAUGUCUUCAAAUCCCUGGACUGGUUCCUUAAGACACUCUGCUUUUAUCCCCGAGGAUUUCCCCCAUUGAACUAGCUUUUCUGGAUCUACCAAAGGGUCUGAAAAGCUUCUAGACUCAUGUUGGUGGUUCAUUCGACUUGGUUCAAAAUACACCUGGACUCACCCUUAAGACAUUCUGGCAUUUGCCUACGCUGUAGACUUUUCUGAUGGUUCUCGGAAGUUUUUCAUUUCCUGGACGGAGCCUUUUGGACUGAAACUGGAUAUCAUUUUCCCUUGCCCUGGAGUUUCGCUGCCUUCGAAUAAGAGCUUUUCCAGUCUUACGCUGGAACCGUUUGGAUUAUCUCAGGAAGUCGCCUAGACUUGAAUUGAAUGUCAAUGAACCAAUUAUGGAGAAGAUUAACUGGACUUGCUGUAGAAGAUCCUUGAUCCAAGGGAUCUCUGAAUUCGCCAAAAAGAAAAGUUGUUAAGAAUCACCCAGAAUUAAGUUACGGAGGUCAUUAGAAUUGGUUUGCAUUUGAGAUUCUUUAAAAAUGGCCAAUAGUUUCUAUCCAUUCCAUCAACACCAUAGAAAAAAAUCGAGUGGAAAUUUAUUCGUUGCACCCUCUGCCCUGAAACAUACAUAGAAUUGCUCUCAAGCUAAGAACUUAGUCUGGAGGAUGUGAGAACUUGACUCUACACUAACCGUGAAGAUCAUCUGAGUUUAUUCAAGAGCCUGUCUAGACUCGCCCUAAAAGUCAUCUGAAUUCUUCCCUAUUAUCUAAGAGCAUUCUCGAGAUUGACCCUGAAGGUCAUCAUGGUUCUCGAAGCAUGGCAUAAAUAACAGAGGUCACGCUCGAAAUUCUUUACUCUUGCUCAUGAAUCCAGACUGUUCUGACCGAUAUCCAUUGACCAUACCUCUGCAGGCCUUCUGAACCUAAACUGGAUUAAUUUUCUGCUGGACAUCUGAAUUAUCCCAAGAAGAUCACAAGACUUACGCUAGAACGCUAUGGACUAGUUCGCAAUGUUGUCACUCAUAUUGAAAGUCCUCUAUCCUUAAGGAUAUCUGGACAUGUUCUCGACUGUGAGUUCUUCGUGCUUGCCUACGAGGUACUUUUGAAUUGCUAUGGAGACCUUUUGCACUUAUACUGGAUUUCCCUGAGUCUUUUGAACUUGACUUGAAGGUUCGGUAGACUCAUCCUGCAGCUUUUAUGGACUCAGGCUUGAUGACCUCUGAUGCUCGGAGCACUUUGGGCUUGAAAUACGGGACUCUGAACUUGUUCUAAAGCGCUGCUGUACUAGCCCCCAAAGUCUGCUUACCUUGGCGAACUUCUGACUUUGCUUGAGGACCUCUGGAGUCUAGACUACUAUCUCGAAUGUUCUAUGGACUUGCACAAAACAUCAUCUGUAAUCAUCCCAAAAAGCAUCCACGAGAGUGAAUUGUACUUGCAUUAGACAUAGCAGACUGACUGUGGAAGUCUCCUGGACUGGCAUUGCCGAUUCAAUGGAGUUGGAGGUUCGUUAGCCUUGUUGUAGACUGAAGGCUGUUCAGAAGGCUUGGCCUCGAAUUGGAGUCCCUCGUGCUUGCCUUGAAAAUACUUUGAAAUUGUCCUGUAGAGUCUUAAAGCAAAAAUGGUAUACCCUCUGGAUUUACCCUGAGCGAUUCAUGGUCCCAUUCGCGAAGGGUUUUGUUUUGUUUUGACUCACCUUGAAUAUUACUAUCUUGAAUUUCACUAGACGACCUCGAAUAGUUUGGGCCUAAUACACGGGUCAACCCAGUGAAGGUUCCUGGGACUAGAGGUGCUAACUCUGGACUUGUCGUUGACCGUUACCGGAUUAGCUGAGUUAACCUGGAGAAUCUCUGACCUUGAUUAAUAGGUCCUCAACAAUAACCACGAAGAUUAUGAAGAUAAGGUUUUCUGGACUUUUGCCCAGAGUCCAUUUUAGACAUGACAGACCGACCCUCAAAGUUAGCGCCUUCUCAGCAGCAGCCCAAAGUCCACUGGACAUGAAAUGGUGGCUCACUAACCUUGCUCUAGACUCUUCUAGGCUGACCUGAACCGGUUCCCAUCCCUGAUUUAUUCGUGCUGGCCUUCGAGAUACGUUGGAAUUACUCUGCAGACUCUUUGAUUAUAAAUUGAUUUACUCUGAAGGACUAAUGGACGAGUUGGACUUCACAUAAUGAUCCUGCAAAGCUUUGAAGGCUAGAUCUGAAGAUGUUUUUGAAAACACUUUGACUUUGACUUUGCUUAAGAGGUCCUGCACACUAACCUUGAAGAUUUGAUGGAAUGGCACAAAAGUCGAGUAGAAUCUCCCCAUAGGUCUUCUAGGCUGUCCAGAGUUCAGUGGACUUGCUUUAAAUAUAACAGACUGGAAUCUAUGACGAAAGAAUAAAACA